AUGACAACUUACGAAAAGAUCGUCAAGGGCGCCACCAAAAUCAAGGUGGCGGCGCCGAAGCCCAAGUACAUCGAGCCCAUUCUCAUGGCCACUUCUAUGAACCACCACGUGCUGCUGGAGAACUUCAACACCAUCAUGAGAACUCUCCGUCAGAGGCUUCAGGACAGCUCUUGGUCUGUGGUGUACAAGGCGCUAAUUGUGAUCCACAUUAUGAUCAGGGAGGGCGACGGCGAUGUGACGUUGGAUUAUUUGGCCAACCAGGCCCCGGGCAUGCUCAACUUGAGCCAUUCCAACAUCUCCCGAAACCAAGGUUCCAGCGAUGUGCGCUUUAUCAUGAGGUACUCCCGGUACUUGCACACCAGGGUGAAGCUUUUCGGGGAGACAAAGGUGGACUAUGUGAGGGAUGAAAGAGUCAAGAACCUGACGGACCAGCAGGGCGGCCGUUUGCGCUCGUUGCCUGUGGAGAAGGGCUUGAUCAGGGAGCUGGAGGGCUUGCAGAGGCAGAUCGAUGCGCUUUUGAAGAACAGUUUCAUGGAGAACGAGGUGAAGAACGACGUCAUCUUGACUGCGUUCCGCUUGUUGGUGAACGACCUUUUGGCCUUGUUUCAGGAGCUCAACGAGGGUGUCAUCAACCUCUUGGAGCACUACUUUGAGAUGUCCCGCUACGACGCUGAGAGGGCCUUGAAGGUGUACGUGAAGUUUGUGGACCAAACCAAGUAUGUGAUUGACUACCUCCGUGUGGCCAAGCACCUCGAGUACGCCACCGAAUUGCAUGUUCCUACUAUCAAGCAUGCCCCUACCGCUUUGACGUCGUCUUUGGAGGAGUACUUGAACGAUCCUAAUUUUGAGGAAAACAGACGUCGCUACAUGCUCGAAAAGGGCCUGAAGGGCAAGGCCCCAGAGACUAAUAGAGAUACACCCGCCCAGGCACAGCCCCAAGCACAGCCCCAAGCACAACACCAGGCGCAACAACCACAGGCGCUUCAGGGCCAACCUCAACCACAACAAAACCAGCAUAUCAACGGCCAAGAUGGGUUGCAGAGAUCAGGCACUCUCUUGGUGCAACAAUCGACUUACAACCCGUGGGGCGGCAGCGUAGCCAGCCCUCAGCCGUUCCAAUUUGUUCAACAGGCCCAGGCUCAGCCUACGCAACCAACUCAAAUUAAUCCUGCUUUCACAGGUGCCGGGUUUGGUGGCUACGGUGCACAGCCUCAGGCCACUGGCACUAAUCCGUUCUUACAAAACCAAACUGGCUUCAACGGGUUUCAGCAGCAGCCCACGCAGCAGUUCCAGCAACAACCAACUCAACAAUUUCAACAGCAGCCCACGCAGCAAUUCCAGCAGCAGCCUACGCAACAAUUCCAACAAGCAGGAGCUCAGCAGCCUGGGUUCCAGCAACAAGGGUUCCAACAGACUGGUCAGUUCCAGCAACAACCCACGCAACAGUUCCAGCAGACAAACCAGUUUCAAGGCAGCCAGAGCCACUUAUCGGCACAGCACACGAACAACCCAUUCUCAAGCUUACCUACGACUCCUACCGGUCAGCCCCAACCUGUUGCUGUCAAUUCCACCAACCCAUUUGGAAACACCCGCUUUGCCAACUCUCGCACAACGCCCUACUCGUUCUCUCAGGAUAGAGACAAGCGUGUGUCUGUGACGGCUACCGGCAGCAACCCAUUCAAGGUGUCGCAGACAACCACCAGCGUCUUUGACAAUGCAGAAAAGCAGAAACCUCAAGCUUUGCAAAGGCAGCCGACCGCAGGCGGGUUGGAACAUUUGCCCACGAUUGCGGCAUUCCCAGAGACUCAGCAGGAGCAGACCAGAAACGCAUACAUUCUGAAUGCUCAGACUAAUUUGACGGCACAGACCACGGGCCAGAUGCAGCAAAUCAAUACUUCCAGCAGCAGCUUCAGCAGCAACCAUUUCAGCAGCAACAACAGCCGCAAGCGUUCUACAAUGAGCCCAGCUUAA